AGCAACCUGGACUAGUGGAAGGGGUCCCUACCCAUGGAAGGAGAUGGAACCAGGUGACCUUUAAGGUCCCUUCCAACCCAAACCAUUCUGUGAUCCCUGUUGAUGCCAUCCUGAGGGACACCCAGCCAGGUCUGUGGCAAGGCCCUGGGCCCUGAUAACACAACAUUUCCCUCCUGUUCCCAUAUCACCCCCAAUCCUCCCCUGCACCUGCCUGGCAGUCUUUAACCCACAACUCUUUCUUGCCUGCUGGCACUCGGCUGACCCAUUGUGAGCUCCAGUUCAGUUACCAAAAGGAAAAAAAAAAAAUAAAAAGAAAUCCCUUUUUGUCAUCUGCCAUUUACAUAAUGAAGUAAGAACUCAUUGCCUCUUCCCUUGUUUCUUCAUCCAGGCUGGGUGUGCACCAGGCUCCUGGGAAUGCUACUGCCACUUCCUCUGCUCCAAGCAAAACUUUUGCUGGAAUUACAGGCAGCAGCUGGGAACUGGGGGAGGAAGGGAGGGAUUAACAGCCUUGUGCUUUCACAGAUCCCUCCAACACCUCAGCAAGGGCAAAUGCAACCUGCUGCAGAUUUGGACCUGCCCUUUGGAUGAUUUACAGGGCGAAGGCGCAGCGGGAGGGAGGCACGUUGGGUGCAUUUGGGGCAGUUUCAGCAACGCUCUGUGCAAUACUAUGACUAGCCUGGGCAUAAAAUCCAUUUGCCUAGUCUUCCCUGGUGAUGGAUAUAUGUUUGGUUAUCAAUAAAUUAGUCACUCAGCAAAACUGUACAGAACAGCCCUGGCCCACAGGCAGUGGCACAAGAUACACCUGCAUUGCAAGAGGUGCACACUGGGGCUGCUGCUCUCAGUGGGAACCUUCUCUGGAGGUUGGCUGUGGGAUUAAAGAGGUGAUUUUGCCACCCCCAUGCCCUCUAAGUCCACCUGACCAUCCUUCCCGGGCACAGAUAGUCCAAGAAGUUUUUUUAACUGCUCCUUUUUUUUUGUAGAAUGAGCUUGGCUCUCUCCAGAGGGGUUGCAGGAACAACCAAACCAGCCUCGGAGCCAACAGCCCGGUGAACCAGCCUGGGGUUUGCACCAGUAGUGCCACUUUCAUGUGACAACAUGCCCCAGCUGGCAAACCCUGGCUCCCUGGGGGCAGCCUGCAUCUGAAAUGUUGGUGGGAGAAUGUGUCUGCUCUGCUGGAGGACCUCGCCUGCAUCAGUUUUGCUCAGCAGCGAAAUCUUGGGGUGGGAUAAUCGUGGGCUUGUUAUUUUGCUGCUGGGCUGGUGGACUUUGAGAAGCUGGAGUGAAAUUUCUGUCCCUCUGUAGGGUGCCACUUUUGGACUGUGCAUAAUGAUCACCGAAGUCACCUGUGACCCUGGAGACCAAGAGAUUUCUGCCACCAAGGUGGGAGCUGUGCCAUCCGAAAUCCCUGACCUUCUGUACCCGUGCUCCAGGGACACACGGUGCAGAUAAGUGUCCACCCACCUGAGGAGCGAGCCUGGAAGCAGAAUUCCCUGAGCCUGGCAGGGGAAGGCCAGGACAAUGAUGGAGAAAGGUCUGGACAACUUCCUGAGUCACAGCUCUUCUACCAGAGCACCUUGUCCAGUGCCAGAAGCCCUGGGGUGUUCGGACCAUGGGAUGAUGCCACUCAACUUCCCACAACUUCCCACAUCCCAAGACCUCUGUGACAAGCCAGGAAGGGGCCCUCUCCAGGAAUCACUUGGUAGCAUUGGCUCCAUGCUGGGGAAGCCCCUGAGCUUGGCAUUUUAGGGAUGCAACGCCCGUGAUGGUCCCUCCUUUUGGUCACAUCCUUCUUCCCGAAUGAAAAAUGACGCAGCGAUGCCAAGAGUUCCCGCCUCUGUAGGUGAGGAAAACACCUGUGGGGGAGAGAGAGCUGGUCCCUUUCCCCUGCUCAUUAAUUCAGCAAAUUACAAAGGGAAAUACAUGCCGGGAAAAGCAAGAAAAAUCCCAAAAGUUAAUCCAAGAGUUAUUUCCUCCUGGUACCGGGAUAAAAACGUGUUCUUCGGAGCUCUCCAGGUCAGACAUCGUCGAGACAGGUGAACCCACACCAAAGAACAAGGUCUCCCAGGCAGCUGAAAUGAAGGGAUCCCACUUGUUCCUCUGCCUCUUCUCCAUGUGCUGCUGGGUGGAUUUGAUGCCCACAGCUGGGAACAAAAUCCUGCACUUUGGAGCCUGCAGGGUUUCCAUGAGCAUGACUGAGAUCAGGGCUGGUUUCACAGCAAUUAAAGCCAAUAUUCAAGCAAGAGACCCCAUCCGGACCCUGAGCAUCUUGUCCCAUCCACACUCCCUGCACAAGGUUAACUCUUCAGACAGGUGCUGCAUCACCCAUCACCUCUUCAACUUCUACGUGGACAAAGUUUUCAAGCACUGCAAGACGGAGGAUUCGUACGUGAACCGAAAAAUCAGCAGCAUCGCCAACUCCUUCCUCAGCAUGAAGAGGAAACUGGAGCAGUGUCAUGAGCAAAAUCAGUGCCUGUGUGGGCAGGAAUCCACUGAGAAAUUUAAGCAAAUACUUGCAAACUACGAAGGGCUGAAUGUCACAAAUGCAGCAAUGAAAUCCCUGGGUGAGCUGGACAUCCUGUUAGACUGGAUGGAGAAAUCUCCUUAGGGAGCAGGAGGCAUCAACAACCCACCACGGCCGGGGCUGGCGAAGCUGCUGGGACCUUGCACACCCCAGUGAUGAGAGGGACAAAAAUGCCCUGUAUCAGUGCAGCUCCUCACUGAUUCCAGCUGGGUUCAGUCAAACAGAGUGCUUUGCUAGCCAGGCACAUCAGUCAAGGCACCAACAGAGUCUUCAUUAAGAUGGAAAUAACGAGUUUGAUUAAAUCAGCGCUGCCCUCGCUUUGCUGGCUUCUAUCAAAGGAUGCUCCAAGGGAAAGAGCUCAAAGGGUUUCUCUUGCUGGCAGACAUAAGCUGUG